UUCACUACACAUAAUGGUGUCUUCCUCUUAUUGUUUCUUCUUCGUAUCAGUAGCUUUUUUACUACAAUCUCUCGUAGUCUCAGCUUCGGCCUUGAACUCCACAAAAUUCAUCGAUCAAUUAUGCCAGAAGGCUCUCGUAGACAGAGCCUUUUGUUUGCAAACAUUGAGUGCCUAUCCUCCUGCGGUUUCAGCCACUGCCUUGCUCCCACUAGCGGAAGUCGUGUUCUUAGGCAUUUGCCAACCCUAUGCCAAGUUGUUGGUGAAAUCUGCUGAUAGAGCAGCAGAAAAGGUACCGGCUCUAAAGGAACCGUUCAAGAAAUGCCAAGAUGCAUACUCUAGGAUUGUAUUGGAACUCAAGUAUGCUACUAGAGACUUGACAUCUCUAUAUGAUGCAAUUUAUGAUAUUCAGAUGUGUUUCGACGAAAUAAACAUAGUAGAGUCUUGGAUCGGGAGAAACAAAGACUCGGCUUCUAAAAGUCUCAUGGAGAUGACAACACAUAUGGGGAAUCUCCUACAACUUGCUGUUGGAGCCACCCAAGUUCUAAUAAAUUAUGUUAAUAUAUGAUGUGUAUCGUUCCAAUUUUAUUUCAUGCCCUCAAAGAGUCAAAGGACUAAUAAAUUAUCUAAUUCCAGUUAAAAAAAAAAACAAAAAAAUCAGUAUAUUAUCUCAAUGAAAAUGGUUCAUAAUUGCAAA